AUGGCUGUCCUGUAUUCGAACCUCAACUCCACCAACAACUUUGUUCAGAUGACACUUCCGUCUGGCCCACCAACGACCAUUAUGUCUGCAUACAACAUCACUGAGGCCUUCUUCUCGCCAUCGGGUGAUACCAACUGCAGUGACGUCAAAUACAUUGAUGGCAUCGUCAGCAGGGCCACCGCACAGGGGCUACGUGAAUUUGCCAUGAAUUAUGCCAACUACCAUGGCUACUUCAGCGCAACGGUGUGUGUCUUCGGCAUUAUUGCCAACAUCGCUAACGUUCUCGUUCUGACGAGAAAGAACAUGAUCUCUCCGACGAACACCAUCCUCAUGUGGCUGGCCGUGGCAGACCUCCUCACCAUGCUGUCCUAUCUUCCAUUCUCUAUCCACUUCUACAUCCUCAAGAUACCGUCGUUUCCAACGUUCACCACCAUGAGUUUUGUCUGGAUCUGUUUCCUGAUGUUUCACGCCAGUUUUAGCAUCAUCUGCCACACAGUGGCAAUAUGGCUGACCAUCGCCCUUGCCAUAUUCCGCUACAUCUACAUCUGCAUGCCGACUAAAGGUGCGGUGUACUGCAAUCUCCACAGAGCUCGUAUUGCUAUAUUUCUUGUCUACCUGUCCAUGUUGCUGCUCUGUAUACCAAACAUAAUCAUAAACCGAUUCGAGAGGAUUAGUCUUGAACCGCUGAAUUUGAACAUGAGUAUGGACGUAAACUCCACCAACGACACAUUCUUCGUUCAUGUAUAUAAGCCGACAUUGUGGUCUGACACGGAAGUGGCCCGGGUGUUCCGUCAGAUCAACAACUGGAUCCAGGCCAUAUUCAUCAAGCUCAUCCCGUGCGCCAUGCUGAUGACGUUGACCAUCCUUCUGAUCCACGCCAUGCACAAGGCACACCGGAAACGGAUGCUGCUCAAGUCGCAGGGCCGGAAGGCAGAGUCUGACAAGCACGGUGAGCACAACCGCACGACGAAAAUGCUGCUGGCGGUGGUGGUGUUGUUCAUGAUCACGGAGCUGCCGCAGGGCCUGCUCACACUGAUGAACAUCUUCAUCCGGUGUUUCCAGGACGUUGUGUACAACCCGUUGGGAGACCUGCUUGACAUCAUGGCCCUCAUCAACAACUCCGUCAACUUUGUACUCUACUGCACCAUGAGCAAGCAGUUCCGCGACACCUUCGCCAGCGUCUUCUGUACGUUCUGUGCCAAACACCGGCCCGGCUGGCUCAAACUGAAGCUGGUCAAUAGCCCUACCUCAACUAAUGGUAAUGUCACACAGCUUGAGUCGGCAACUAACCAUACGUACGUUUAG